CUUAUUUUACGUUUAACUCUCGAUAUCUGAAAUAUAUUUGAUAUUGUGACUGAGAAAGUGGUGCCGGUCGAUAUAUUCGGUUAUUUUCGGAUAUCUAAUAACGGUCUUACUGCCCCCAAAAGACUUGCAUUACGCUGUGCUUGCUUUAUCGAUCUAGUUUAAUUAAGUUUUAAGUCGGUCCGAAAUGUUUUGUGCGCUUUUGCUCAUCUGCUCCGAGUUUCCGUUUAGUGUGUUCUAACGUUAGGAUGUAAAUAUAUGAUAUUUACCCGUUGAUGAAUUGUUACAAUAGGUGCGCCGCCUCUGAUUUCGAAAUGGCCAAGAACAGCUUUAAGACUUUUAUCAGCCAGAAACACAAAACGUUUCCGGCGGACCAAAACAUGUACGGGAUGAAGUGCAAAUCGCAACUGUUGGAGGAUCAGGAGAAUGUGACUCUGAUCAUCAAUCGAAGAAAUUCAAUUCGCCAGAAGCCGAAGAAUUGGACGUGGACUUUUCUGCGUUGCAAGUGGCAAAAGAAGCUAGUUUUGUUGUUAAUAUUUAUAUGUAUGUGCGUUCUAAUUGUUUUCGCCAACACGCAUCUUUUAGUUCGCGGGAACAUCCUGUCGGCUUUCCUUUCCAGUCGGCUAAAUAAGCUUUCACAUGCAGAGAAACAGGAGGCGAGAUAUUCGGACAUCCAGGCGACGACUCCUGCGUUUCCUCCGGUUCUGAGGCCAACGCACUAUAUGCUUAACUAUUCCUCCACUCAGCUGGAGUUGGACGCCCACUUGAAUGGCUUCUCCUCGGACUACAACAUAUUCGUCAUUUACACACGGGAGAACUACCAUCUAAAUCUGAAGUUUGAUCUUUUCGCGCACAGUUUGCUGAAACACACCAAUGCCCAGUUGCACUUACACGUGAUCACGGACAGCGAAAGCCAGACCUCGGUGUUGGAGAUCCUGCAACGGCAGAUCAGGAGAUUCCGGAGAACGGUGAUAUACACCAUAUACGACGUGAAGGUCUGCUCCAGCAUAAUACAGGACAUCGCCGCCAAGCUGUCUCCUUACUUCAGCUCAACUCCCAACUCGUACUACAGCGACUCCCUGUUUUUUCUGUCGCUUGGCCUACAUAGAAUCGCCGAUAGAAGCCUAAACAGAGCCAUUUUGCUUGAUUGUGAUAUAGUCUUCCGAUCCGACGUGCGACUGCUGUUCAACGAGUUCGAUAACUUUCUGCCGCACCAGCUUUACGGACUGGCUCCAGAGCUCACUCCCGUGUACCGCCAUAUUCUUUACCGAUAUCGCGUGCGCUAUCCCAAGACCAGUUUCGGCAACCCUUACUACCCGAUGAACAACGAAAAGGGCAGCCAGCACAGCCAUAUUCACCACGGCUAUCCUGGGCUCAAUUCCGGCGUUGUCCUGCUCCUCCUAAACCGCAUUAGGAGCUCGAGGUCCUAUCUAGAAAAGCUGACCCACUCGGAGGUGCACACCCUGGUCGCCAAGUAUUCCUUCAAGGGCCACCUGGGCGACCAGGACUUCUUUACGCUCCUUGGGUACGAAUACCCCAACUUGAUCUAUAGACUGGACUGCAUUUGGAACCGUCAGUUGUGCACAUGGUGGAAGGACCACGGAUACAGCGACAUAUUCGACGCUUAUUUUCGGUGCGAGGGCAAUAUUAAGAUGUACCAUGGCAACUGUAAUACGCGAAUUCCAGAAUAAAUAAACUUGUUAUAGUAAUAUUAAAUUAAAUAUCCCUUUGUCUUUU